AUGACACGCGCAGCACAAACCAUUUCCUUUGCUUUGUUGGUCUCUUCGGCAUACCUCUUGCUUGUCCUCCCUCUCUUGACGGACUCUUCACCCAUUCCCUCAAUUCUUCCGACCAAGAUACAAGUAGAGAUUAUCCCCGUUCUACCUUUCUGGGCCGCCAUCGCUCUGGGAGCAUAUCUCUUAGGACGUCUGGGUCUCGGCGUUUUACGGUUCAACGACACCAAGGAGGCAUACACUGAACUUACAGAACAGUUGGCAACGGCGAGGAAGGAUUUGGACAAGAGAAAGGUGCGAUGGGACUAG